AUGCAACAAUAUAACAGUUACCCUGAGAACACCGGCGACGGUGCAGAACGAAGCUCAAGGAAUAUAGCUUCGGUGGGAGGCGCCGACGCGGGAUACAACGACUAUCCUGCUCCCGAUAGAGAACCGAAUUCUAUGCUCAAUAUGUCUUCGCCCGCGCCUCUGUUGCGCCCACCGAUUCCCGGCAGUCGAAAUAAUAGCGGUGCAAGAACCCCAAGAUUGGGACUCGCGAUACCUCCCUCUCCGAGCGCGAAACCCGUAGGCGGCGGUCCUACACCACAAGGGCUGUCUUUACAGAUGCCAGGGCAGACUACCUCAGCACGCCCUUCACCGAUGGGGCUAUCAUUACAGAUGCCAGGUCAGGCAAAUCAAUCACGCCCUGCACCUUCAGGAGUGUCAUUACAGAUGCCGGGCCAAGCUCCGUUAUCACGCCCUGCAACUGGCGGUUUAUCAUUACAAAUGCCAGGUCAGCAGCCUACAUCAUCACGUCCCGCACCACCAAGACCUACACGCGGGGGAUUGUCCUUGCAGAUGCCAGGUCAAGCCCCCAGCCCACGGCCAUCUCUACCUAGAUUACAGCUUGCUACGCCCAUGGGAAGCAGCGCCCCUCCAUAUGAGCAGAGCGGUGGGCGACCAAGCAUAUCAAUAGCGACCGGUCAAUCAGCAAGCGGUGGAAGUGAGAGUAGCGCGGCACAUUCAAGGUCAGGAAGCUUUGGACCAUUAGACGGAAGGGUGAGCGGGCCUACGUCUGCUGGGUCACAAUAUUCUGCUCUGUCAUUCGCAUCUCAAUAUGGAUUGCAACAACCUCAAAGAUCAACCCCAGAUCCGGCAUCUGCGGCGGGUUCACUAUAUUCGAAUUACAGCGAGGGUGGUGCGGUGAUGGAACGUGACGGAAGCAUGACAGGGCUUGAGGGUUUCGAGGAUAUGAGCUUGGAAAGUGUCGAAAAGGGCAGAACUCUAGACGUUGAUGAAUUGGAUGAUGAUGGAUGGCGAGUGGUAUGCACGGAAAAGAGGAUACAGGAGCUCGGCAGCUUGGGUGAAGGUGCUGGAGGUGCUGUCACUCGAUGCGUACUAAAGGGUGGGAAGAUGAUCUUUGCGCUCAAGAUAAUAACUACUACUCCGGAUCCGGACGUCAAAAGGCAAAUCGUGAGGGAGAUUGGUUUCAACAAGGAGUGCGCGCAUGAGCAUAUUUGCAAAUAUUACGGAGCUUUCGUCGAUCCGAGCACGGCAACAAUCUCUAUUGCCAUGGAAUUUUGUGAAGGAGGUUCUCUGGAUAGUAUUUAUCGCGAAGUACAGCGAGGUAAAGGUCGAGUUGGUGAGGGUGUUCUAGGAAAAGUUGCCGUAGGAGUUCUCACCGGACUUUCAUAUCUUCAUACCAAGAAGAUUAUGCAUCGAGACAUCAAACCGAGCAAUAUUCUUCUGUGUCGAGAUGGGCAGGUGAAGCUCUGCGAUUUCGGUGUCAGUGGUGAGUUUGGUACAAAAGGAGACGCCAACACAUUUAUCGGAACGUCCUACUACAUGGCUCCUGAGCGAAUUACCGGACAGAGAUAUACCAUCACUUCUGAUGUUUGGAGUACGGGUGUUACACUUCUUGAAGUUGCUCAGAAUCGAUUCCCCUUUCCCGCCGACGGAACUGAAGCACAACCUCGUGCUGGUUUGAUCGAUCUACUAACCUUCAUCGUACGCCAACCUGUUCCAGAAUUGAAAGACGAGAUAUUUUACUACCUGAACAAGGAAUAUGAGGAGAAUGAAGAGAUCAUAUAUCUCAAGAAACAAACCAUGACUCAUGAAGAGCUGGAAUUAUUAAAAGAAGACGAACGUAUCAAGGAAGAUCCGACGAUUUCGGAGGAGAUGAAGGACCAGAUGAUGACUUUCAGAGUACUCCCUAUCACACGGAGUCGUGAGUUCAAGAAUUUCAUCGCGGAAUGUCUCAUCAAAGACCCAACAGAACGUAAGACGCCAUGGAGAUUACUCGCCAGCGACCCGUGGAUGAUUGAGAUGAAGCAUGCGAAGGUCAAGAUCGCCAAGUUCUUGAGACAGGUGUGGGGGUGGGAGAGAUGA